GUAUACCCAUGUGAUCGCCGAUGAUCACUUGUCAUGUGACAGCCUAUCACCUGUUAAUAACAGAAAGACUCUAUUGCCAGAUUGGGACUACCGUAAAGAUGCUAAUCAAAAGCUUCCUCGUAAUUUUUAGUUUUUCUUUUGUUUUUUGUGAUGGACCAUUUCGGAGUAUGACCACAUUUUUCAAUCCUGGUUGUGAAUCGCAGAAAUGUCCACAGUGUAACCCUGGUUUAGCGUAUGUCAUGUCCAAAGGAAGCAAUGAUAUACUGCACUAUAUAAUAUCAGCUAUAGGGGGUCCACCCACUGCACUAGUCAUCAGGACAAACAAGCCUUAUAAAGGGAAAUCUCAACUCCAGAUUGAUUGCAAGAAGGUGGCAUCAAAGAAUGAAACGGAGCGGAGGGAAGCUAUCACAAUGCCUGCUGGAUUAAAAGAGAUAUACUCAUUUGGAGUUGUCUUUAGUAGGCUGUUUCAGUACAAUGACACUGCGGACAAAGCUGAUAUAACAAAGUACGGCAUAAAUGGCACUACAUGGAGAGUGUACGACUUCACGGACGUUGAGUGGCAAGAUAUAACAAAAUGGUCAUCCAACAAUUUAAUCGUGAUGAAAGUUGAGAACAGUGGAGAGGUGCUGGAUAGGGCAUUUUACAAUGACUCCCUGAUUCUUCAGUUUCAUCUGUUUGACCAAACUGAUAGAUCUAAGGAGUUACCCCAUCUUCAGUAUGAUUCUAACUCCAUGCAUAUAGACUUCACUCUUCAGGACAUAGACACUGGCAACUCCUCCUCUGCAAGGUGGGGUCUGGAGACUGUCCUUCUGGGGAGCGACUCAAACACAGCACCCAUGUCUAUUAACACCAAAAAGUCCAUCGAUGAUGAAUAUGCACCAGGAGUCUUCUCGAUAUCGAAUUGGUUAACCCGUCCAGGAAAUGAGGCCAAUGGAGGAUAUUUACAGUGGAGACCUGUUUGUUACCUGAAGUCUGCCAGGGCCCGCUCUGUGGCCACCAAAGUGGAUGCCACCAGCCUUGCCUCCACAACUUACGUAGAUGACUUUCUGAACAGCAGCGUUUUAUAUUCAUAUUUCCCAGACAUUGAGAUGAUAUCAAGAUAUGCAACCAACUUCACAUUUGGGUUGGAAAAAGAUGGUGGAUUCACUAAAACAAAUUACACCUCAUGGACUGCCCAGCUUGGCUAUGGAGCCCCUCCAGAAGACAAAGUUUCAUCUCUUGUGAUCGGAGUGAUAUCUGCAGGGUUAGGCCUGCCGGUUGUCAUCAUCAUGUUUGGAGGACUGUUUGUGGUCAUAAAGAAGAAGACUACUGCCAAAGAGGGAUACACAGAUUUGGACAAGGACAAUUCACAGAUACAGUGAGGAAACAGUCUUCUAACAUAAGGAUUCCAAGGACCCGUUAAAAUACUCACAGAGGAUUGUUUGUGUGCUCAGAUGAACAUGAGGAUAAGGUUUUUUUUAUUUAUGUUAUAUGAGAUUGAAAUGUUGUGUGGGAUGAUGUUGUGACUGAUUUUUUUGUUAAUUCCGUGGUGUUUGUGUAUGUCCAUGUUACGACUUAAUAAUGGACAUUUAUCAAUGCGAGUAAAAAUGCAAAGAUGUUGGGGGUUUUUUUUCCUGAGGACAAGAGUUGCUAUAUAAGAGAUACUGAAUUCUGUGAUAAUGGAAAAUGUAAUUAAUUUUUAAAAUAUGGAAUCACAAGUUGUACAGGUGAUUUCCAUGUUGUUAGACGGGAAGGUGUCACAGGAAGCAAUGUCUCCUUUAAUUUUGUUGUUUGGAAAAAAAAAUGUAGGCUGAAACAACAUGUAGUGAUUCCGAUUUGGCGGAUACUGCCCUCACAACAGAGCCCAACUAAGGAAACUGUAAAGGAUGAAAACUAUAAAUUAAAAUCUAUAAGAAUCUUAUGGUAACGAAAAUUUUGAAAUUUACCUUAUUUAGCAGAAUGAAACUCAUCACCCAAAAAAUGGUGGGACUCAACCACGUAAUCUGCCGACAGCCUUAUGCAAGUAAACAGCAUUUUUAGGGGGAGAAGAAAUACUAUACAGAUGAUGUUAUGCAUGUAUUUAUGACAAACUUCCUUUUGAAAUAUUGUGCCAAUAUGUUAUAUUGUCUUAAAGAAACUUCUUUAGUAAUUAAUAAGCAAUCCAUGAAUUCAUAUACCCACAAAAUAGAGAACAUUAUCUGAUAUCCAAAAAAUAGAGAACAUUAGGUCCUCAAAAAUAUAUGUUUGUUUCCUGUUACCAAGGCAAAAAAAAUUCCAAGUAGGUAGGUAGGUUUUUUUUCCCUUCUUAUUUUUAGGGGGUUGGUUUACACUUUUAUGCAACUCCAAGAAAUAAUUGAAAACCUAAAGUUAGAGAACUAAAUAACAAGAGUUGAUCAAGCAUAAAGUCUAGGUCAAAGUGUCACACCUAAAAGUUAAGAAAGUGGAUCCUGCACCACAAGUGUAGUAUCUUUGCAGUAUUAGAGUGUUUGCUUUAUAACCAGGAGGUCAUGAGUUCAAGCAACGCUUGUGCAAUGGCCGCAUACUUUUGUUUUAAAAAUCAGAACUAAAUCUAAUUUUACACAUUUUUUUUUCAAACUUAGAACCUCUUGUUUACAAUCACAGACUGAAAAUAUUUUACAAUCAGUAGUCUUUCAGCCAGCUUCAUUUCAUAAAUAUCUAAGAAAGUACUUGAGUUACUAGUACAUGAUGUAAUUACUGCAUUCUUUGAAUAUUAAUCACAUUAACCGGGCUAGCUAGAUUGGAAUUAAACAAAUUCCUAUGCUGAAAUGAUCCCAAAAAAAGAAUUGGUUUAAAAAAUCCCAGGUUGGCAACUUUGAUUUCAGGUAGGUAUAUAGUAAAAUAAAACAAACAUAUAUAUUUUUGGCCUUAUCUGAUAUCCACGAAACAGAGAACUAUAUCUGAUACCCAUAAAAUAAAAAACAUUGUCUGAUAUUGAACAAAUGAUAAUUUGUACAUUCGUACUUGUGAAUCUCCAUGCACAUUGUGAUACCGGUAUCUAAAACAAAACCCCAAGACAUUUAUUUAUAGUUCAGCUGAGAGUUAGGGAAUAGGGAUACAUGUAUUCAAACUUGAAAUUUGUAAAAAUAUUAAAAUAUUUCUGCUGCACACUCUCCAUAGUCAAGACUCCACUCUGUGUAUCAGAGGUUAAAUGUGUAGUAUGUGUGAGAGAAUCGUGCAUUUCACUCGCUGUUUAACACUUCAAACCAUUGUAUGUUCCCUUAUGGAGCGCUGGAUAUUUCCACUCUGAAUUCUUUUUAAAAACAAUUAUUUCGUAUUUGUUUUUGUGUUAACCAUGGAGACAAAUCGUUAUCUUGUUAGAUUGUCUCCCUUUUGUUGUUAUGUACAGAAUUUUAAAGACUUUGUCAUAAUAUUUAAUAUUUAUCAUCUUCAAUUUGUGUUCUGUAUUACAAAUCAUAAAAUUCAUUAUUUUAGUUUUCUCAUUGUUUCACAAGACAUCAAUAUGUCUGCAUUUUUAUGAUAGUGAUGAGUAUUGUUAGGUUUAAGACAUCAGCAAUACAUGUAUACAUGUACCACUUAUGAUUUGCUUGUUUUCUUCAUAGGUUAUUUGUGUAUUUAAUUUCAAUAUCUAGUCUUUGAAAUUAUAAAAUAAUGUUUCAACGUAUCCUUUUUAUGAGACCAUAGGAAACAUCACAAUGUUGAAUGAUAUAUAUUAAAAAUCCAGCCUUUUAAAAGCAUUUAAUGACAUUUGCUACAAACAAAAAUGAGGAAAAUGAAAACUAAAUUUACGUUUUUUUAUAAGUAAAAUGAUCCAGAAUUCAGUUUAUUUCCACGAUUUCUAAAUUAAGUCCAAAACAGUGGGGAAAAUUUGUAUAUAGUUAUAAAGAGAGGGGUAAUAUAUUUCAACUUUUGAACGUCACAGACAAUUUACAAGUUCUUUAUGAUUUAGGAAUUUCAUAUGUUUACUUUUACAACCAAACUACACAACAACAAAAACUAAUUUCAUGCAUAAUUUUUUUGGUAUCAAAUGUCCUUAAAGCAUUAAUAAAUUAUAAAGAAAAUUAUUAAGCAUAUUCAAAAUGCCAGUUGAAACUAACUUUCUUUUGAUGAGAGUUAAUAAACUCUUGUCUUGAU